CCUGAGUGACUGGAAGGGGUGGAGCCUGGAUCCACCCCUUGCCAGAACUCAUUUAAGGGUUGGCAGUGGAGGUGAAGGCAUCUCUUGCCAGAGAUCCCUGCCUGCCUAGGAGCUUUUUUCUUUCAUUUCUGCGUCUGUGGCUGCUGUAUUUGGGCUUGUUCCCAUUCGCUGUAGCCAAAGACUUUGCCACCCUGCCAUUAUUAUCCCAUUAUAGCAUUACACUGUCACUCUAGAUUUCUAGAGGAAGGUACUUUGUUGUUAGUUUAGCCUUCCCAUGUAGUUCUCUGUUAGCCUGGAAGGAGCUCCACCAGAGGUCAUAAAAAGGGCAGGUAAACUGAACAGGAUUUCUUUGAGUACUUCAGAAAAUCUCAAAUAGCUUUUCAUAACACAGUUAACUGUUCACACAGUGAAGCAAAAUGUUUACAGAUGUCUUACUUCUGUAGGAUGUAUUUUCACUUGAUUUUAAGUGUGAGUUCACAUAGCAAAAAAAGAAAUUCUUACAAGUUCUGCCACAGACUUCUGCAGGUUAGUAGUUGUCACCUCAAAGUUCGUGAAUUCAGUUUCAGAUUUUAUUAAAAAACAGUUCUGAGUAGUUGAGUGAUAAUUGUGACUAGUCUUUGUUAGGUUUGGUCAUAGACAACCUCCACUGUUUUUCAGCAGUACACCAAUAUUUGAAAUACUCAGGAGUGAAUACUUCUAUGCACUUUCAGCCCUACUGUUUCAGUGCAAGCUUUCUAAUCAUAUACCAGCUUUGAUAGAUAGGAAUGUCCUGCUGUUCAUUCUUAAAUUAGAAUGCCUCUCUCUGUUUCCAGACUUAACUCAAAGUGCUUGCUAGCAUCUUAGAUUAGAAUCUGUACAGUCAAAAGAUGGAAUAGUUAGUUAACCUAUAGCAUCUGUGGUUCUGAGAGAUGUGUGGUCUGUGGCUGCCUUCCUUUCUAUUAGUUCUGAGUCCAGUCUACUUGAAUUUCUUAUUAACAAAGGAACUGAGAGGUGGUUGAGGCUGCUGCAUCUGUUUUGCCACUGUUUAUUGGUGGUGACAGAGCCAAAAGGCUCUCACAGUGGACAGCGCACUAUUCAGAGAAAAUCCAGAUUUGUGCACGAGGCAUUUUCAUACCUAGAGCGGAGAACACAUUUCAGAAACCACAGCUACAAUUUUCACUACGGGGCAAUUAACCAGAGGCUUACCCCAACCCAGAAAUUUACACCAAAAGACUUAAUUGCUGCAAUGAAAGCCCUAAAUGUGGAGCUCGGAUUAAUUAUCGAUUUAACAUAUACCACGCGAUACUAUGAAGUUAAGGAUUUACCUAAAAGUGUGCAGUAUAAGAAACUUUAUACGGUUGGACUCGAAGUUCCUGAUAAUGCUACUAUUCUACAAUUCAAAAAAUGGGUCAGAAAAUUCCUAUGGGAAAAUGCAAGAAAUGAAAAACUCAUUGGUGUCCACUGUACUAAUGGAAUUAAUAGAACUGGCUACCUUAUAUGUAGGUACCUUAUAGACGUUGAAGGCUGGGAUCCAGAGGCAGCAAUCCAAGCUUUUGGUGAUGCUAGAGGUCAUUGCAUGGAUGGUCUUGUAUAUCUCACAGAUCUCAGGACACAACCAAUGAGAAGUAACCUUGGAAUGGAUGUAUGGGAUUCAGAUGAAGAUAUCGUUCCACCACCAAAUGCAACAGAAGGACCUGUGGAACAAUUCCCAAAUGAAGAUUUUCAGGGGUCUGGGAAAAGAUUAAGAGUUUAUGAUGACAACUCUCAUAAUAAUUUGCAAGGACAAACACAACUGAGAGAUUUUGAUUUCGUUAAUAAGGGACCUGGACGAAGACGAAGACCAUUUCAUGACCAUCAGACUCAGGAUGAUUUGAGAGCACCAAUGCAGAUGAGAAAUUGGGACUACAAUAGGGGACCAGGACAGAGGCAAAGACCAUUUCCUGAUCACCAGUUUUACGAUGAUUACCAAGAAGACAUACAGCUGAAAGACUUCAGUAACAAGGGACCUGGGCAACAGCUGAGACCUUUUUAUGGACGCCAGUUUCGUGGUGAUUUACAGACAGAGAGACAAUCAAGGAACUUUGAAUUUAACAGAGGCCAUGAGCAAAGGCAGAGAUCUUUUCCUGACUGUCCAUCCCACAAUGAUUCACAGGAAGAUAUGAAGUCAAAGGAUUUUGAUUUUGGUAGCAGGGGCCGCGGCCAGGGGAAAAGGCUGUUCCACAAUCACCCAUCUCAUGAUCAAUUUCAGACUCCAGUGCAGUCAAAAGAGUUAGAUUGUGUCAAAAAAGGUCCUGGCCAAAGACUGAGACCAUUCCAUGACUAUCAGUCACAGCCCCGGAUGCAACUGGAAGAUUUUGAAUUUGUUAAUAGGGGUCGUGGGCAGAGAUCGAGACCUUUCCACGAUCACCAGCCUCACAGUGACUUACAGACAGAGAUGCCACUCAAAGAUUAUGAUAAUAAAGGCCCUGGGCAAAGGCGCAGACCUUUUCGUGACCAUCAGCCUUAUGAUGACUUACAGGAGCAGCCUCAGUUAAAAGACUUUGAUUACGUUAAUAAAGGACAAGGACAAAAAAGGUCAAGACUUUUCCAUGAUCAUCCUGUCCAAGACGACCUGCCACGUGAAUGGUGUUCAGACAGAAGCCAACCUUUUUCUUCCCAUGAAAAUGUAUCAGAACCUCAGUUCUCCUCAUCUCCUUCACUUCACAGAGAUUAUGGAUCUGAUAAUGAUAACUUCAACAGAAGCUAUAGUAAUCGAGCAAGCUGUCCUGAAGACAAUAGGAGAGUGCAUCCUUCAGAUGAAUUUAGCAGAGGAAAAAACAGAUUUGCACCAUAUUCUUCAUGUACAAUGCAUCCAUCCUCAUCUGUACAUCAGGAAGAUAAUUCAUUAGACUAUGAAAUAAAAACUUUUGAAGGUGAAACUACCAGAGAAAUGGAACAAGGCAAAAGAUUACCAGUUGUAACAGUUGAUUACAACUAUGGUCUGCCAUUAGAUUAUGGACCUGAAGAGGAGGAGAGAACACCUUAUGAUUUACCUCCAAGAGACCAUUACAGCUGGAACUGAAUAAAAAAAGGCACUGUUUCCUAA